AGCCCCGUACUGGCCCCGUCGACGACCGGAUAAACCCCUCCAAAAGCCCCCAUCGGGAGGUCCCAAUUUUGCGCACACCACAGCUUUCGCUUGCCAACUCUUUCCCUGCUAUUUUUUGCGACGGAGCGAGUCUUAAGCUUGCUCUGACAUCUGCACCAGCCAAAAACACCCCAAGAAUCGCUUUCGAGCUCCAUCAAUUGCCCACCAUGUCGGAGACAAAGGAGAUCGACUACACCCUCAACAACCCGGAUACUCUCACCAAGUAUAAGACCGCUGCCCAGAUCUCCGAAAAGGUCCUGGCCGCCGUGUCUGAGCUCUGCGUGCCUGGCGCAAAGAUUGUCGAUGUCUGCCAGCAGGGUGACAAGCUGCUCGAAGAGGAGCUUGCCAAGGUCUACCGUGGAAAGAAAAUUGUCAAGGGUUUCUCUCACCCGACCACUGUUUCUCCCUCGUCUUACGUGACCCCCUACACUCCCCUCACCACUGAUGAGAGCGAGGCUUCAAUCGAGAUCAAGGAGGGAGAGGCCAUCAAGAUCCAGCUCGGAGCUCAGAUUGACGGAUUUGGAUCAAUUGUCUGCAACACUGUCCUCGCCACCUCCAAGGAGAAGGCGGCUGAGCCCGUUACCGGACGCGACGCUGAUUUGAUCCUCGCCACCCACUAUGCCAAUGAGCUUCUCCUCCGCUUGAUGAUCCCUCCCGGUCUCCUCGCCCAGGGCACCGACGAAGAGAAGGCCAAGGCCGCUUCCCAGAAGGCCCCCACCCAGUCCAAGAUCAGCAGCCUGUUGGAGAAGGUGUGCGAAGCCUACGACUGCAAGCUGGUAGAGAGCACCACUUCUUGGUUAUUUGCCCGCAACGAGAUCGAAGGAUCCAAGAAGAUCGUUGUUGCCCCCGCUGAGGGAACCAAGGGCGAUGGUGUCCCCGAAGUGGGCGAGGUCUGGGGCGUUGAGACCGGUGUGAGCUUGGGCUCUGGAAAGGUCAAGACCUUGGACCACCGGGCAACUCUCCACCGCCGAACCACCCAGACUUACCAGCUGAAGCGUCCCACCUCCCGAAAGAUUCUCUCCGAAGUGCAGAAGAAGUUUGGCACCUUCCCCUUCAGCUUGAGACAGUUGGAUGAUGAGCGUGACGCCAAGUCUGGUGUUGUCGAGUGUGUGCGAAACAACGUUUUCCGCCAGUACGAGAUGGUUGGUGACAAGGACAAUUCCCCUGUCGCCAGACUCCUCACAACCUUUGCCAUCACCAAGAACGGCAUCACCAAACUGGGCGGCCCCCCUGAGCUCGACCUGAGCAAGUACCAGACUGACAAGAAGAUCACCGAUGAGGAGAUUCUGAAAAUCCUCGAGCAGCCCCUGGCCAGGAAUACCGGAAAGAAGAAGCCCAAGAACAAGAAGAAGACGAAGGCUGAUGGAACUGCCGAGGAGGCUGAUGCAGAGUAAAGUGUCGGAAACAAAGAUUUAUGUAAAGGGCCCGCCCGGGAGUGGGACACAGCCUAGUUGAUAUUUAGGCAGAAAAUCCACUCGACA